CCAACCUUUGACAGCAUCGCGUGGGCCAUCAAGCGAAAGUUUUUCAAUCUGCUGGCAGCGGACGCAUCCAAUUUUCGGACAAGAACAAAAUCCAACUUUUUAGUGCUUAAAAACCAACUCCCAAAAUGGGCGAUUCCGACGACGAGUACGACCGCAAGCGGCGCGACAAGUUCCGCGGCGAGCGCGGCAGUGCCGGUGACAGCUACCCGCGCGGAGCGGACCGUUCGGAGCGAUCGCGCGGCCGAGACGAUUGGCCGGAGCGUGGACGACCCCGGCAAGACUACCGUGACUAUCGGCCACCGCCGCGGGACCGCGGCUACUCGCCGGUGCGCGAGGGUCCUCCGAUGAAGCGGAUGCGCGGCGAAGGCUGGGGUGACGAGGGACGGGGUGGCCGCUUCGGGGGUCACGACUCGUACGGGAUGUACGGAGGUUAUGGCGGAGGCCACGACCACUACGGUGGGAUGCACGGGGGUGGCGGCGGCGGCCCGUACGGCCAUCCGGCGCCGAUGCAUCAGAGGGAACCGCAAUCCUCCGGCGACAUGCAAACCCAGCCGUGCAUGAUGACGCUGAAGCAGUUCCUGGCCACCCAGGACGAUGCCAUCUCGGACUCGGAGGCGAUCCAGAAGUACAACGACUACAAGCUCGAGUUCAAGCGCCAACAGUUGAACGAGUUCUUUGUGGCUCACAAAGACGAGGAAUGGUUCAAGAUCAAGUACCACCCGGAGGAAUCGCAAAAACGAAAGGACGAGCAGUUUGGCUUCCUGAAGCGCCGCUGCGACGUCUUCUGCGAGGUGCUGGAGCUGGGCGAGGUCGCCAAGGUCACGGUGGACACGAGCCAGGCCGAUCCGCUGCUCCGCCUGCUGGACACCGUCGUCAUCAAGCUCGAGGGCGGCACCGACGAGGACCUGAAGGUGCUGGACGAGAAGCCCCCGCCGCCGGCGGUUCCGGACGUUCCGACGCUCAAAUCGCUGCUGCCCGAGAAGCCCAAGCUGGAGAUCAAGCGGGAACCGCUGGACGACGGGAUAAAGAAGGAGAAGAUUUCGAUCAAGGAAGAAAAGAUGGAGGAGGAGAAGGACGGGGCGGAGGAGAGCGCGAAGGAUGGGGUUGAGAAAGAGGGGGAGGUACAGGGGGAGAAGGAGGCGGAAGAGAAGGGGGUUGGGGAGGAGCAAGUUGGGGAAGCGGAAGUGGCGAAAGGAGCCGAGGAGGAAGAGGACUCUACGAGAAAGAAGGAUCGUAGAAAGCGCAGCCGGUCGGAUUCCAACUCCAGCUCGUCGAGUUCGUCCAGUUCGAGUUCGAGCGACUCCGAGGAUGAGAAGGAAAAGGAGAAAAAGGACGAGGAAGAGGGGGUAAAGGAGGGUCAAGUUGAGGGAGAGCCUACCGCUGAGAAGCCGGUUGACGAGGAUGAAACUCCGAAGAGUCCGAAGGCGGUUGAGGAACCGGAAGCGGCUGAAAGCAACGGCCACAAGAGUGGGGAUGAAGAAGCUGGCAGGAAGGAUGACGAGCCGGAGAAGAUGGACACUGAAGAGGUUGGAGCUGCUGCUGCGGUGGCACCGGAGGAGACUCCGGCUGAGGCGGACAAGGAAGGUGAAGCGGAAAAAGACAAGGAAGCCGGUGAGAAGAGUGGUGAGCAGGGAGAAGCUACGGAGACGGUUGAUUUGGUCAAGGACAGCAAUACUUCUAGCAGUCCGCGUGCGCUGCAUCGAACGAGUUCGAUUUUCCUGCGAAAUUUGGCCCCGUCAAUCACGAAACUGGAGGUUGAAGCCAUGUGCAAGCGUUACAACGGAUUUCUGCGAGUUGCGAUCGCCGACCCGCUGCUGGAGCGACGUUGGUUCCGGCGUGGGUGGGUCACGUUCCGGCGCGAUGUCAACAUUAAGGAGAUUUGCUGGAAUUUAAACAACAUCCGGCUACGGGACUGCGAGUUAGGAGCGAUCGUCAACAAGGACUUGAGCAGGCGGGUUCGCCCGGUGAACGGCAUCACGUGCCACAAGACGAUCGUCCGAAGUGACAUUAAGCUGUGCGCCAAGAUUGCGCACAAUUUGGACGACAAGGCCGGUCUGUGGAAGGACUCGACGGAGGAUAAUAACGGAGGUCAAGGGGAAAAGAAUGGAGAGUUCUUCGGACUCAACUCGAAGAACCCUGUUCUGCAGAACAUCACCGACUACCUGAUCGAGGAAGCUUCCGCCGAGGAGGACGAACUGCUGGGACUGUCGGAGGCCGAGGCCAAGAAGACCACCGACGGCGAACUCGUCGAACGCGACGCCCAGCUGCUCGAAGUUCUGGACAAGCUAAUUCUGUACCUGCGCGUUGUUCACUCGGUCGAUUUCUACAACCACUGCGAGUACCCGUACGAGGACGAAAUGCCCAACCGGUGCGGAAUCAUCCACGCGCGUGGCCCCGCCCCCCAGAACAAAGUCACCACCAACGAGCUCCAGGAGUACGUGCGCACCUUCGAGGGCAAAAUGGGCUCCUUCCUGGCCCGCGUCAGCACCCUCGAGGAGGAAGAGAUGAAAAAGCUCGGCGCCAAGGACUGCGAAGCCGAGGUGGAAAAGUUCAUCCAGGCCAACACCCAAGAACUGGCCAAAGACAAGUGGCUCUGCCCGCUGUCGGGCAAAAAGUUCAAAGGUCCCGACUUUGUGCGCAAACACAUCUUCAACAAGCACGGCGAAAAGGUCGACGAGGUGCGCAAGGAGGUCGAGUACUUCAACAACUACCUCAAGGACGCCAAGCGGCCCCAGCUACCCGAACAUCCGGGUAACACGAAGAAGGCGGCCGGCGAUCACGGCGCACCAUCCGGCGGAGGCUACCGCCAACCGUACGGCAUGUCGCACGGCUACGCCCCAAUGUACUCUGCGUACGCGCCACCCAUGAUGGCGCCGCGUGGCCGACCCGGAUUCGGUCGUGGAGGAAGAAUGGGCAACGACUACCGUCCGGUGAUUCACUAUCGCGAUCUGGACGCACCGCGCGAACCGGACGAGUUUAUCUAAACAUAACCCAAUCGUUUUUUAAUCAUACACACAACUAGUACUUUGAGCAAUUGUAAACAACGCGCAGCAUUUAAAACACAAAAUAAGAACAUUGCAUCACAGAGCGCUGAAAUUGACUAAAUUGAGCGGAACAGUGCCCCUCUCCGUUGUCUUGUGGUUCGUAUUAUUUUAAUCCGUACAACACGUAUCUUAAAAUUUCAAAAGUAAAAGAAAAUCUCCUGAAACAAAGGCUGCAGUCUUGAUCUUGGAACGAUUCCCCGUAGCUGGUAAACUGCUAAAUUAUAUUCCAAACAUAUUGAAAUAAAUGUAGUAAAGGCA